AUUCGAACAUCAUCACUGCCCGCUAAUUCUUCUCCAUCUGAUGCAUGGUCAACUAAUUUUGAAGCGGACCAUGUUGACGAUCUGCCAAGACGUCAGACUCCAGCUGCUAAGCAUGCAGUAUGCUUGUUUAGCCUUUUUUCUGCUUUGCUCAAACCCUAUAAAGAAGGGUAUAAGCAAGCACCGGUCGCAGAGGCACUCGAGCCUGCCACCCAUAAGAUUUGUGGUUGCGCUGCUGAUAAAAAAGCCCACAAGGCUGUCGCCUGUAUCUUUAAGUGCUGUAUUCGACAGUUUGACAUCAAAUACUGCAAGUCGUGCCCUGACUAUGCUUUGCCUUUGGUGCCAAUGCGCAGUCAUAUGGUUCCUCUGACGCCAAAAGCCCCCGUCAUGCAGUGCAUAUCAAGUUUAUGCAGACAAUCCACAAUUUGCAUUACAUUUGCCGCGUCUCCGUGCACAAUAUUGCAAAAUGGCUACAAGCAGAUUUUGAGCAAGAGGUAUUACUUUUUCUAGGGCAAUCUUUCAUUUAGCGAGCUUUUUAAAUGUACUUUUGUUUUUUAGGUUCCUGCUUCUCUCAAGUCUCGCUUGAACUAUGCGCUGCCUAUAUUUGGCAGAAUACUUCUAAGCUUAAAAAAACAGUUGAGGGAAGAGUUUGGUGUAGAGAACAAUGUCUGCCCAGGUUGCAGAUACGUG